AUGCUAAGCAAGGAGCUCAACAGGGAACCACUCAAAGGGCAGCAAGAGAGAGUAGCUCAAGAGAGAGUAGUUCAAGGGGGAGUAGCUGCCAAUAAUGGGGAAAAUGCAGUGAUUGUGGCUGAUAACAGAGAUCGCCAGUUUAGUGGGAUGCCGACAGAGGAUCCUCACCUUCAUCUUCGAUUUUUCAUUGAAGUGAGUGAUUCAUUCAAGCUUCCCGGAGUUACAGAAGAUGCCUUAAGACUGAAGUUGUUCCCAUACUCCUUGAGAGAUAGAGCGAGAGCUUGGUUGAACUCUUUGCCAUCUGAUUUUGCGACUACUUGGCAAGAGUUAGUUGAGCGGUUUUUGAUGAAGUAUUUCCCUCCCACUAAGAAUGCCAAGCUCCGCAAUGAGAUUACUUCAUUUCAGCAACUUGAUGAAGAAUCUUUAUAUGAGGCAUGGGAGCGAUUUAAGGAGUUGUUGCACAAAUGCCCUCAUCAUGGUAUUCCUCAUUGCAUCCAGAUGGAGACAUUUUAUAAUGGUCUAAACGCCCAUACUAGAAUGGUAUUUGAUGCUUCACCAAAUGGGGCUCCUCUUGCUAAGUCCUAUAAUAAAGCAUAUGAAAUCCUUGAGAGGACAUCCAACAACAACUAUCAGUGGCCCACUACUAGAUCAACUACAGGUAGAAAGGUGGCUGGUAUUCAUGAGGUAGAUGCCAUCAUUUCUUUGGCAGCCAAAGUUUCCUCUAUUUCGAAUAUGCUCAAGACAAUGAGCAUGGGAAUGAAUCAUUCAAUGGGGCAGACUAUGGGGACAAAAAUAGGGCACAUGGAAAACAUUUCUUGUGUGUAUUGUGGUGAGGGUCAUACUUUUGAUAACUAUCCUUCCAAUCCAGCAGUUGUGUGUUACAUGGGGAAUCAAAAUAGGAAUGGUCCAUAUUCUAAUUUCUACAACCCAUCAUGGAGGAAACAUCCCAACUUCUCAUGGAGUAAUCAAGGGGUUGACCCUAGCAAUUCUUCUAUGCCACCAAGACCGAAUUUCCCACCGGGUUAUUCCCCACAAGCACCACAACAAAAGCCACAACAACAAGCAAUGCAAUCUACUCUCUUGAGAACAUGUUGA